AUGGAGUAUCUCCUGGUUUACCUGAUAGUCCUCGGCGUGGCUGUGAAGGCCCACAAAGUCCAGGUCUGCCCCAAACGCUGCGUCUGCCAGGUGCUUAACCCCAACCUGGCGACUCUGUGCGACAAAAAGGGGCUCCUCUUUGUGCCCCCGAACAUCGACAGGCACACGGUGGAGAUGCGUCUCGGGGAUAACUUUGUCACCAGCAUCAAACGCAAAGACUUUGCCAACAUGACGAGGCUGGUGGACCUGACCCUCUCUCGGAACACCAUCGGCUCCAUCGCGCCGCUCGCUUUCAAAGACCUGGAGAACCUGCGGGCGCUCCACCUGGAUAGCAACCGGCUGGCGCGCAUCAUCAACGACACCUUCAGCGGCAUGUCCAAGCUGCACCACCUCAUCCUCAACAACAACCAGCUCACCCACAUCCAGAUCGGGGCCUUCAAUGAUCUGACGGCGCUGGAGGAGCUCGACUUGUCCUACAACAACUUGGAAAGUGCUCCGUGGGUGGCCAUUCAGAGGAUGUCCAGUCUCCACACUCUCAACAUGGACCACAACAUGCUCAGCUACAUCCCAGAGGGCACCUUCUCUGGGCUGCAGAAGCUCAAGAGGCUUGACGUGACUUCCAACAAGCUCCAGAAGCUUCCUCCAGACCCCAUUUUCCAGAGAGCCGGGGUCCUGGCCACCUCUGGGAUAAUGGGGCCGACGUCGUUCGCGUUGAGCUUCGGAGGAAACCCGCUGAGGUGUAACUGCGAGCUGCUCUGGUUGCGGAGGUUGCGGAGGGAGGAUGAUCUGGAGACAUGUGCCUCGCCACAACACCUCGCUGGACGCUAUUUCUGGACGGUUUCAGAGGAAGAGUUCCUGUGUGAGCCUCCUCUCAUCACCAGGCACUCUCAGGAGCUGCGAGCGUUGGAGGGUCAGAGUGUGACUCUGCGUUGUAAGGCCAGGGGCGACCCCGACCCCAUUAUCCACUGGAUCGCCCCUGACGGACGCCUUAUGUCCAACUCCUCCAGGGCCGCCGUCCACACAGACGGCACGUUGGACAUCCUCAUCAGCACCGUCAAGGACUCCGGUUCCUUCACCUGCGUGGCCUCCAACCCGGCAGGUGAGGCGCAGCAGACGGUGGACCUGGUCAUCGCUAAACUCCCCCACAUCACCAACAACACGGGCGCGGAGCAGGAGCCCGACCCGGGGUCAUCCGAUAUCGCCACGGUGACCAAGACGGGCUCAGAUGGAGGAGGGUUGCCUCUGGGGAACGCAAAGACGAGCCAGGAGAAGAAAGUGGUGAUCGCCGAGGCCACGUCCACCUCGGCCCUGGUCAAGUUCAACUUCCAGAGGAGUAUUCCUGGAAUACGCAUGUUUCAGAUCCAAUACAACGGCAGCUAUGAUGAUUCACUGGUUUACAGAAUGAUCCCCCCGACCAGUAAGAGCAUCCUGGUAAACAACCUGGCUGCCGGUACGCAGUAUGACCUGUGUGUGCUCGCCAUCUACGAUGACCAGGUGACCUCGCUGACCGCCACCAGGGUGAUAGGUUGCAUCCACUUUACCACGGAGCCGCAGUACCUGAGAUGCCAUUUCAUGCAGUCUCAGUUUCUCGGCGGCACCAUUGUGGUUAUCAUCGGAGGGAUUAUCGUGGCCUCGGUGCUCGCCUUUAUCAUCUUCCUCAUUGUGCGCUACCGGGUGUGUAACCAAGGAGAUGCAGAUAAGGCUCUAGAGAUGGGUGAUAUUCGUUCACUGAGCAGUGACGGACAGCUGCAGGGCUGCGGGAUUCCCAAGUCUCUCUCCAAGCAGGUGCUUCGUCCGGAGAAAAACGAAAAGGAGUGCCUCAGAAUCUCCCUGCCGCCGCCGGAGCCGACCAAGCAGCGUCCGCCGGUCACUGCAGCCUCCACCAAAACCUCCGUCCCGGACUGCACUGUCUCUACCUCCGCUGCGAGCCACAGUUGGCACCCGGCCUCUCCGGGCGCCCCGAGGCCCAAACGCUCCAACGCUCCACCAAAACCCUCAGAGGCUCACCGGGCUGAAGCUCAGGCGGACGUCGAGCUCGACAACAUGAACCGGAAUAACUCGUCGUCAGAGGUCAAAACGACCACGGCCGUCGCUCUGGCGGUUCCCGGACAGCCAACCAAGUGGACCGCUGUUCCCCGGGGUCCGCGGCCCCAACAACAGGCCCCUCAUCAUUACAUGACUGUUCCUGCGGGGGGAGUGAGGGUGAACCGGAGGCACUCCCUCAACGCAGACUCAUACAGGGAGCGCUGCUACGUGGCCUACCCCAAACCCGGGGCCAGCCUGCGCUCCAAGCGGAGCCUGUCGAUGAGCGGAGAGCUGCCGCAGCUGGAGAGCACAACAAACAUUCGCCGGGCCAGAGACAAGCUCUCCAGGUCUGAGUGGCUCCUGGAGAGCACUUUAUGA